CAUCCACCCACGAGUCAGAAUCGUCCUCAUUAUAAAGUGGAGUAUUAUAACACAUCUCUCUCUUACCCCAAUCAAAGUUCGGUAUAACAAUCACCGGCGGCGCCGCCGCUCUCAGCUCUCCUAAUGGCGCCGGCGAGUCAAACCUCUAAGGUCAACGGCGGGGGAAUGUUGAUAAUAUGGGAUUUUGAUCGGACGAUCAUGGAUGAGGAUAGUGACCGAUGGGUUGUUGUCGAAAUGGGCUUGACCCAAUUAUUUAAUCACCUUCGCCAAUCAUUACCUUGGAACUGUCUUAUGGAUAGAAUGAUGGAGGAAGUACAUUCUCUAGGGAAAACAAUAGACGAUAUCGUAAGCUGUUUGAAUCGUGUUCCGUUGCAUCCGCAUGUCGUUUCAGCAAUUAAAUCCGCUCAUGCUAGAGGAUGUGAUUUGAAGGUACUUAGUGAUGCCAAUCAGUUUUUCAUUGAAACAAUAUUGAAAAACCAUGGAAUUUAUGAUUGCUUUUCGGAUAUUAUUACAAACCCGACUUUUGUUGAUAAAGAAGGCAGGCUUAGGAUCUUUCCGUAUCAUGGCUCAGCCGUGCUACCACAUGGGUGCGAUCUUUGUCCUCCCAAUUUGUGCAAGGGUUUCGUGUUGAAUCAAUUUCAAGAGUUGAACCUUAAAGAUGUCCAGAAACAAGUAAUAAUCUACAUAGGAGAUGGGGGAGGCGAUUACUGCCCAACUUUGAAGCUUGGGGAAGACGACCAUGUCUUGCCCAGAAAAAACUUCCCUUUGCAUCGUCUCAUCUUGAAAUCUGCAACUCCUGUCAAACCGAAAAUUCAUGAAUGGAAUGAUGGAGAAGAACUUAACAAGACUUUGCUUCAGCUUAUAGAUCCGGUUGAAGCCUAGUCGAAUUCCUUCAGUAAAUCUUAUUGUACAUCAAUAGUUAGUAGUAAUAUUAAACUAUAAAUUUGGUAUGCAAGAUAUGCAUAAACUACACUCAUAUAUUGCUGGUAUAACCGUAAAAUUCUGCUGACAAUUGUAUGUUGAUCAUGAAUAUGGAGAUGAUCUGCAAUUUCACUUCAUUUAUGAAAAAGUGAGUUUUUAAUUA